UCUUCACUAAACUCCUCUGCAUUUCGAAACAUACCAAAACAGAGUCAAAAUAGACUGUCUCUCUCUCUCUAUUCAGUUCUCUCAUUUUUCCUUUUCUAUGCAUUGUGCUUAAUUCAUUUUAUUGUCUACGGUCACCGUAAUCAAAACGUUACCGUUCUCUCUCCUUAUAUUUGCUGAGUCUUCUUGGUAAGAGUCAACAUGCAACUCGGCCCGAGACCCUCAACGGAAUGAAGCUGGAGAUGAACUCUCUUCUUCUGCUUCGUCUUCGUUGAUUUUGAACCGAUCCUUUUCUUCAUUUUGAUAUUCUUGCUCGCUUUUUCUUUCGAUUUUUAUAUUAGCUAAGCUAUCUGGGUUUUCUCUGGCCGCCAAAAAAGAAAAAAAAAACGAUGAGGAAUGUAGAACAAAGCCGGUCUCUAUUUGGGAUUUCCCUCUCCGACAGACCCAGAUGGCAACAAUUUCUCUUGUGCUCUUCCGGAUUCUUCUUUGGUUAUCUCGUCAAUGGUAUUUGCGAGGAAUAUGUUUAUAAUAGGCUUCAAUUUAGCUAUGGUUGGUAUUUCACAUUUGUUCAAGGAUUUGUGUAUAUUUUCCUCAUUUACCUACAAGGCUUCAGUACCAAGCAAAUGGUGAAUCCAUGGAAGACUUAUGUAAAGCUGUCUGCUGUUCUAAUGGGUUCCCAUGGCCUCACUAAAGGUUCCUUGGCUUUUCUCAACUAUCCUGCCCAGCUCAUGUUCAAAUCAACUAAGGUUCUGCCUGUGAUGAUUAUGGGGGCUUUCAUACCGGGUUUGAGAAGGAAAUAUCCACUUCAUGAAUAUCUUUCUGCUAUUCUUUUGGUUGUGGGUUUGAUUCUUUUCACCUUAGCUGAUGCUCAAACAUCUCCCAACUUCAGCAUGAUUGGUGUUUUAAUGGUAUCUGGUGCUCUAAUCAUGGAUUCCUUUCUGGGAAAUUUGCAAGAAGCAAUCUUCACCAUGAAUCCUGAAACAACACAGACGGAGAUGCUAUUUUGUUCCACCGUGGUAGGUUUGCCAUUCUUGAUCCCUCCCAUGCUUUUAACAGGGGAAUUAUUCAGAGCUUGGAAUUCUUGUUACCAGCAUCCUUAUGUGUAUGGCGUGUUGGUCUUUGAAGCCAUGGCCACAUUUAUAGGCCAAGUCUCUGUUCUCUCCCUGAUUGCUCUUUUUGGAGCUGCAACCACAGCCAUGAUUACAACGGCAAGAAAAGCGGUAACAUUAUUGCUUUCAUACAUGAUAUUCACAAAACCAUUAACUGAGCAACACGGGACUGGACUUCUUCUGAUUGGGAUGGGAAUCACAUUGAAGCUCUUGCCUGAAAACAAGCCCCCUCAGAGGCUUCCAAAACCUCUCCCCACUCAAAUGAUAAAUGGGAAACAAGAAGAAGAAGAUGGAGAUGAAGAGAAGAGGCCAUUGGUCUGAUCUGAUAAGAGAACAACUUAUUACUUUUUUUUUUUUGUUCAUUGUCUUUUCAUUUAUAUUGUUCUACUGUUAUAAGGCAAAAAAAGGAAAUAAUGCUAAGUAAGGCAUGUAGAUUUAAGCUUCUUUUAUAUAAAAUGUAACCCUUUUUUUUUUCUUCUUUUCAAUUCUUUGUAUUGGUCAACUGGGAUAACAAUUACUGACCACAUGUUUCUUCUAAAAAAGACGUAGAGAGAGAGAGAGAGAGAGUAGUCUGCUUUUGAAGUGGGGCUUCCUUGAUUGUUACAUAUUUUGGGAUUUGGAAGUUGGAGAAGUUCAAUCAUUCUACUAACCCCCAAAACCAAAAAGUAUGUUAAUUUGAUAAUUUUUUAUUCUGUGGUUCCCCAAUUUAA